AUGAAAUACGAAUCAUAUACAGAACAAAUGAAUAGUGUCCCUUUAAAAAAGAGAUUCCACUCCCAAUCCAAGACCUCUCCUACUCACCCAGAAUUUAAUAUGACAACCUCUCCAACUCAACAUUCUCCACAACCAACAACACCUCCAACCAUAAUUAAUACAACUACUACACCUCCUCCAAGUGAUAAUAAUAAUCAAAAUACUUUGGAUAGUAGUAACGAUUCUAUGAUGAUAACUACCACCAUUGAUAACUCUACUUUACCACCUUCUACCCCUAUCAAAGAAGAGGUAAAAACAGAAAAACCUCUUACCGCACUUUUAUCACCAACUUCAACAACAAUUGAUGCCCUAGCAUCAUUACACCUUCAAAGUGUAUCAGCUUCAAACUCGCCCUCUAACGAAUCCACAACCACCACUACUUCUUCUUCUACUUGUAAUUCUUCAUCACCUGAAGAUUCUGGGUCAAAUAGAAAGGAACCAACUACAAGUAGUAGUAGUAGUAAUACCAAUUCUUCAACCUCCUCUAUUACAGAUUCACCAAAUUCAUCAAACAAAAAGAGAAGACAAUUUAUCAAUAGAGCCAAUAAGAAAAAGGAAGACAAAGGUGACUCUGAUAGUGGUGAAGACUCUGAUGAUUCUGAAAACGAUUCCAGUGAAGAGGAUGAAACACUCUAUUGCAAGUGUAACAGACCAGCUUCUUAUGGUUGGAUGAUCGCUUGUGACCGUUGUGAUAAGUACGUAUUCUUUACUAUCUUAUAUUUAUUAACAUUACCUUUUAAUAGAUGGUUUCAUGGAAGAUGUUUAGGUUUAAAGAAAUAUCAAGCAAACUCUAUUGGCACCUAUAUUUGCCCUGAUUGUGAAACAUCAAAGAAGAGGAAGUCUACUUCUAUUAAUCCUUCUCCUUCAAAGUCUGGAAGAAACAACAGGUCGGAAACAACAGCAUCAUCUCUAGCCAAAGAUUUACCACCAAAACAAAUCACUAACCAUCUGUAA